ACUUGAUUAUUGUUGUUGCUAUUGCUGUUGUUGGUUAUGUUUAAGAGAGGUGUUUUGUUUGUUAGAUAAUAGUGUCAUCAUUGUCUUUGUGCUGUAAAGCUGUGUUCGGUAUUGCACUGUGCUCUGAGUUUAAGUCGAGUGGGAGUUGCACUUCCUCUUAGACGGGAACCUGCAGCCACUUAUCAAAUUCCAGUUAAUUAUUAAGGCUGAGCCUAGGAAGCCUUCAAAAUCACUUGGGCUAUGGUAGGACUCGACUAUGGCAGGAAAUGGAAGUGGAAGAGUUGAUGCAGUGAAGAAUGGGGGGCUGGCUACCUCUGAGGGCAAAGAGUUUUACCAUCUUCAUGGCAGGAUCUGGAGGUCACUGUAUGGACUGUAUCCCUACAAGUCAAGCAUGAUUGGGCUGGAGUCACUGGCUGACCCCUCCGAUGACUGGGACAUUGUGGAGACCAUCGGAAAGGGAACCUAUGGCAAGGUGUACAGAGUCAUCAACAAGAAGGAUGGAAGUCAAGCAGCUGUGAAAAUCCUGGAUCCCAUUAAUGAUGUCGAUGAAGAGAUUGAAGCAGAAUACAACAUCCUGCGCACUCUUUCCAACCAUCCUAACGUGGUGAAGUUUUUUGGUAUGUUCUACAAGGCUGAUGAGCUCUCUGGAGGACAGCUGUGGCUGGUGCUGGAACUGUGUAAUGGGGGUUCAGUAACAGACCUGAUAAAGGGUUUGCUGAUGAGGGGGAAACGUCUGGAGGAGCCUGUCAUCUCUUACGUCCUCUGUGGUGCACUGUUGGGCCUGCAGCAUCUGCACAACAACAGAAUCAUCCAUCGUGACGUCAAGGGGAACAACAUCCUGCUCACCACAGAUGGAGGAGUCAAGCUGGUGGACUUUGGUGUGUCGGCUCAGCUGACAAGCGCACGCUUGCGCAGAAACACUUCGGUGGGAACGCCUUUUUGGAUGGCUCCUGAGGUGAUAGCGUGUGAGCAGCAGUUUGACUACUCAUAUGACGCCCGCUGUGAUGUGUGGUCUCUGGGUAUCACUGCUAUAGAGCUGGCUGAUGGAGAUCCACCGCUCGCUGAGAUGCAUCCUGUAAAAGCUCUGUUCAAAAUACCACGAAACCCAUCUCCUACACUCCGUCAUCCGGAUCAGUGGUGCAGAAGUUUCAGCCACUUCAUUGCUCAGUGUUUGAUAAAAGAUUUCGAGGCACGUCCAUCGGUGACCCAUCUGUUGGAGCACCCGUUCAUUAAGCAGGCUCAUGGCAAAGACACUGCACUCAGGAAACAGCUCGCCGCUCUCAUACGGGACCAGCAGGAUGUCGGCUGCAGGACCAGGACCAAGCAUGAAAGGAUCAACACAAGGAAAACAAUGCUUAUUGAGAGCUCCCCUGAUGAUGACCUGGUGAACCUGGAGGUGUUAGAUGAGGAAACUAUAAUCACACAUCUUCAGAAGCGAUAUGAGGAGCUGCAGAUAUACACCUAUGUUGGAGACAUCCUUAUCGCUUUGAACCCAUUUCAGGGUCUAAGCAUUUACUCACCUCAGUUCUCUAAGCUGUAUCACGGGGUGAAGCGUUCAGACAAUCCUCCUCAUAUCUUUGCCACUGCCGAUGCAGCCUACCAGGGCAUGGUGACCUUCUGCAAGGACCAGUGCAUAAUCAUCAGUGGGGAGAGUGGGGCUGGUAAAACAGAGAGCGCUCAUCUCAUCGUCCAGCAUCUCACAUUUCUGGGAAAGGCAAAUAACCGAACACUUCGAGAGAAGAUCCUGCAAGUGAACCCACUGGUGGAGGCUUUUGGUAAUGCAUGCACGGCUAUAAAUGAUAACUCCAGUCGUUUCGGAAAAUACUUGGAGAUGAAGUUUACACCCACAGGUGCCGUCAUGGGUGCUAAGAUCUCUGAGUACCUCCUGGAGAAAUCAAGAGUCAUCAAACAGGCCACAGGGGAGAAAAACUUCCACAUAUUUUAUUACAUAUAUGCUGGUCUGUAUCACCAAGAAAGCCUCAAGAAAUACAGAUUGCCAGAGAAAACAGCUCCCAGGUACAUUGACAGUGCAAAUGGCAAAGUGAUGCAGGACAUUGUGUCCAGCAAAUUAUACAAAGAGCAGUUUGAUGCCAUUCAGGACUGCUUCCGCAUAAUAGGUUUCUCAGAAGAGGAGGUGAAUUCUGUAUACAGAAUCCUGGCAGCUAUUUUAAAUACAGGCAAUAUUGAGUUUACUUCCAUCACUUCUCAGCAUCAAACUGAUAAAAGUGAAGUGCCUAACUCGGAGGCCUUAGAGAAUGCGGCUGCUCUGCUGUCUAUAGGACCAGAGGAGCUGCAGGAGGCUCUGACCUCUCACUGUGUGGUGACACGUGGCGAGACCAUCAUCCGUACCAACACAGUGGACAAGGCUACUGAUGUGAGAGACGCCAUGUCUAAGGCACUCUAUGGCCGUCUUUUCAGCUGGAUAGUGAACCGCAUCAAUGCCCUACUACAGUCUGACACCAGCAUCUGUGCAUCAGAGAGUGGGAUGAACGUGGGCAUUCUGGACAUCUUUGGUUUUGAGAACUUUAAGAAGAACUCGUUUGAGCAGCUGUGCAUAAACAUCGCCAACGAACAGAUCCAGUUCUAUUUUAACCAACAUAUCUUCGCCCUCGAACAGAUAGAAUAUCAGAGUGAGGGUGUAGACGCCAGUCUGGUGGAAUAUGAAGACAACAGGCCGAUCUUGGACAUGUUCCUACAGAAGCCCAUGGGGCUGCUCUCCUUGCUGGACGAGGAGAGCCGCUUCCCUCAGGCUACUGACCAGACACUCGUUGACAAGUUUGAGGACAAUUUGCGGUACAAGUACUUCUGGAGACCAAAGCGUGUGGAGUUAUCCUUUGGAAUUCAGCAUUAUGCUGGAAAGGUGUUGUAUGAUGUGAAUGGUUUUCUGGAGAAGAACAGAGACACUCUCCCAGCAGACAUUGUGGUGGUUUUGAGAACAUCAGAAAACAAACUCCUGCAGCAGCUCUUCUCUAGUCCCCUCACCAAAACAGGUAACCUGGCCACCUCCAGAGCCAGAGUCACUGCAGCUUCCCGAUCUCUACCACCCCAGCUUAGUACUGGGCGCAGCAAGGUGGACACUAUGGAGAUGAUGAGACACCCAGAGGAGACCACCAACAUGAGGAGACAGACUGUAGCUUCCUACUUCCGCUACUCUCUGAUGGAUCUGCUCUCUAAGAUGGUGGUGGGCACUCCUCACUUUGUGCGCUGCAUUAAACCCAAUGAUGACCGGCAGGCCUUGCGCUUUUCUAAAGAUCGCGUGCUGGUGCAGCUCCGUUACACAGGCAUCCUGGAGACAGUCAACAUCCGACGGCAGGGCUACUCCCACCGCAUCACCUUCAGCGAGUUUGUUAACAGGUACUAUUAUCUGGCUUUCCGUGCUCAUCAGAUGCCGGAGAGCAGUAUGGAAAACACAGUGGCUAUCCUACAGAGAGCCAAACUGGACAACUGGGUUCUGGGCAAGACUAAGGUGUUUCUGAAGUACUACCACGUGGAGCAGCUGAAUCUGUUGUUGAGAGAGGUGAUGGCUCGGGUGGUGGUGUUGCAGGCCUACACUAAAGGAUGGCUUGGGGCAAGGAGAUACCGCAGAGAGAAAGAGAAACGCAACCACGGAGCAAUAAUCAUCCAGUCAGCCUGGAGAGGUUACGUGGCUCGUCAGAAUCUGAAGCAAAUCAAGCAGGAGCGGGAGAAGGCAGCAGUGCUGAUUCAGUCAGCAUACAGGGGGCACAGAGUCCGUAAAGAUUAUUGCCACGGCCGACAGCCACCUCCGUCUUCGCCAUCAUCAGCCCGGGAAGACACACCACAAAGAACAGACUCUGACUAUCAAAUCCUUAAAGAGGUUGCUUCCAUCAGUGGUGACAGACAGAGAGAAGUUGACAGUAAAGAGAAAAGCUCUGCUGAAGUGUCUGUGGUGAAGACGAGCGGGGACAGAGACAGAGCUGUACAUCGCAAACAAGGUCCAGCAGUGAAGGUGCUGCAGCGCGCCCCUCGGCGUCGAGGCCAGCAGCCCAAGCUCCUGAACAGCCCGGAGGACAGUCUUUACUACAACCAGCUCAACAGAACUCUAGAUUACCAGGGGAGCAAGAGGAAGCCCAGAAAACUUGGGCAGAUCAAACUCCUGGAUGGAGAGGAUGAGUAUUACAAAUUGCUUUCCGCUGUGGAGUCCAUCCCUGAGGAAGAUUUCUCAUCCUCUCCACCUCCUCCUCCCUCUCGCCCUGGUCCUGCUCCGGCUCCACCGCUGUCCAGAGGAGCGCUGGUCAGUCAAAGCUGAGAGCAUAGCGCACAGUCAGUCUGAGCCUCAGCCGAGCUCACAGCAGGUUGCCUUCUUCAAUUCCUUACCAAUAAGUGUAUGUAUUACACUCUGUGGUGAGACAUCGUAAUUUAUAUAUUUAUUAAUCAUGUGAAGUUUAUUUUAAAUAAUAAAGAUGUUAUUUAACUUGAGAUAGAUUCUGCAAUUUUUGUGGUUUAAUUCAUGUGAAUGGCAGGCCUUUCCACUUUUAAU